ACACCGAGCCUCGGGUUGUGUUUCUAACGCGGCUCCCUGAACUCACUGGCGACGGGAAGCCGGAAGGAAACAUGAACCUCGGAGCCGCGCGGAGGGGUCACACCCCCUUUCUCUUAACGCCGCAGACUCCGGCCGACACACACGCACACACGUACACGCACACGCACGCACGCACACGCACACACACUUGACAUACGAGGCACAGCAGCGCAGACACACAGACGACAGGGGAGAAAUUGCCUUUAACUUGUUUCUGCGAUAUUACACCGCGCUGCCUGAAUGUGACGCGACAACACGGACCCACAACGCGUGACCGUUUGCGGUGGGCUGGCUGCAGUAAUGUCCAGAGCCACUAAAUCCACCUCGAGGUCUCGGAGCCGCUCCAGGUCUCGGAGCCGCUCCAGGUCCCGGUCAAGAUCCCGCUCCACCUCUCGCUCCAGAAGUCGCACCAGAUCCCGGUCCAGGAAGCGCCACCAACGCUCUAGGUCUCGGUCUCGGUCGUGGUCAAGAUCUCAUUCUCCAUCUCAUAACCGGGAGAAGAAAUAUUCGAGGGGAUACCAGAAUGGUCGUGAGUUCCGGGGAUACCACCGCGGCUUCCGGAGGCCGUACAACUUCAGGGGCCGAGGGCGGGGCUUCUUCCCACGUGGACGCUUCCAGCGUGGCGGCUACAACAACAACAACAACAACAACAACAACUUCCGCCCCAACUGGAAAAAUUACAAGCAGUACCCUCAAAAACAACAGCAACAACAGCCGCAGCAGCAACAGCAACAGCAACAGCAACAGCCGCAGCAGCAGCAGCAGCAGCAGCAGCAGCAAAGCCAGUCACGAGGACGCUCUCACAGCCUCCAGCAACGCUCCGGAAGCCCCCCUCGUGGUCACUCCCACCACUCUGACCGAUCGUCCUCGCCCUUAUCCAGACACUCGCAGCAUUCUUCCUCUUCCUCACACUCCUCCUCUCCCAAAUGGAAGCCAUGCUUGUUGCAGACUAACCAGAACUCCAAAGAUGUGAAAGAGGAGCCUUCUGCCUCCAAGGAGGUCCAAAAGGUAGGAGGGGGAGAUGAGGAGCCAGUGGAGCUCAUCGGGGCGUCGGCAGAAGAUGCCAAAGAAGGCACAUGUCGUGGGAAAGCGGAGGGUAGUUGGCAGAGCCUGACCGACUGCAGAAGCAGUCCAAAGACAACGAGUCCUCUGGCAAGCUCUGCUGGUAUUGUUGGUCAGAACAGCCAAACUACAAACCAGUCAAGCCCUUCCCCUAAAAUUACAAAUGACAUUGGCAAUGGCGCCCCCUCUUGGAAGACGGUGUCUAGUAGUUCAUCCUCAACCAAAAAAAACCCACAUGAAGGUCUAAAUCCAAUGCUUUCCAGCUUUGACUUCUUCUCCAAUGAGGAAUACCUGGAUGGAGAUCAAACAGCAAUCUCUGUUGCCUUCAGACAGUUUUUGGAGGAGCAAAAAAAAAAAGCCAAAGCUUUUGAAAAUGGCAAGAACGCAGACGCAAAUGAUGUGGAUAUGGAGCAAGGGAGAGCGAAGGGCAAAGCAUCCGCCAAUAUCCCUGACUCAGUGCAAAGAAAGUACAGAGCGGACAUUGAUGGUGAAGUGUCUCUGAAAAGCUUUUUGAAAGCUUCUCCCUUUCUGUCUGCUGAGGAAGAGGAGGAGGCCAUAAUCAAGCCUCAUUUGAAGUCCCUUCACAAGGACUGGUACAAUGGGGACGAGUCCUCUAAGACAAAGAUCAAGGUCACUCACUCAGCCCGGGAAAUGUUUGAUGAAUGCUUUGGAAAAUGUAAGAAUGUGGCCUACUCACAAAUAGCCAACAGUGACCUUGACUCCAUGGCAGAGGACAUACAUCCCACUCGAAAGCAGGACAUAGCAGCGGCCAUUGCUGCUGCCCUCGCCAAGAGGGAGCUGGCGGGGAAAUGUGAGGGACUGUCCCCAGGCGUGGGUGGUAAAGCCAGGAAGAUGGCAAAAUGUCCCUCCAUCUCAUCUCUGACACCACCACCAAGAAGGAGCUCUGACAAAGAGCUCAGGGGAGAGGACUCCCAGUUCAUGUCCUCAAGAAAACAAGAAACCAAAUUAAAUAUCAGAAUGGAUUUCCUUGGAGAUAGCCUGAUGAGGUCUUCUGAUAUUUUAGCUGAGGAGCGACAGUUGUCUCAAGAUCUUGUGCAGUCCUCAAAAAAGGAUCAGGAGUUUCGCUCCAUCUUCCAACAUGUUCAAGCGGCUCCGUUACAGAAGAGUCCCUCUGAGCUGUUUGCUCAGCACAUCGUCACCAUCGUUCACCACAUUAAAGCUCAGCACUUUCCAUCCUCUGAAAUGACCCUAAACGAGCGAUUCACCAUGUACCAGAGACGAGCUGCAGAGAAGGAAACGAUGAAGCCAAGAAAAAGCCCAGAGAUACACAGGAGAAUUGAUGUUUCACCAAGAGCUUUUAAGAAACACUCUCAACUUUUUGAGGCGAUGAAAAGCUCAGAGGAUGGCACUUACAAGGAUGGCGGGGAAAAAAUGACGGGUGACCCGAUGGACCUUCGUUUGGAUAUCGAGCGCCGUAAAAAAUAUCCCAUCCAUGACAGAGAUUAUAAUCAGGAUCGGCGAGGAGAUGGGGAAGAUUCCCCAGAUUCUAGUAGAGACAGAUCUGAGGAAAGGUUAUCCAAAUCAAGUGAGAGAUCAAAGAAAAGUCAGAAGAAGCGCUCUCGCUCAAGUUCGUCCUCAUCUUCCUCAUCCUCCAAGUCCCAAAAAGAAGAUUUGCCCCAUGGCAAGUCUGAUCCCAAAGAUAAAGACUUUGACAGGGCCCCACUGGGUCAAACCGAGUCCUCAGGACCAGUUGAAAGAGGAAGGCCACGUGGAGGAUUUCAAGUUCGUAUUCGAGGAAGGAGCUGGAACCGAGGAAACGAUCAGGGGAACUGUUCACAGAGUAACGUGAUGGCAAACAUGGCCGCACAGCCCAAAAAUGAAGACUGGGACCCAGAGUUCACUCCCAAGAGCAGGAAAUACUACUUGCAUGACGACAGAGAACGGGAGGCAGAGUGCAAGAUGGUGGACAACCGAGGCCGAGGACGGGGAAGCUUCUCGCGUGGACGGGCGCGAUUCAUCGUCCGCAAAGCCACCGGGGGCCCCAGCACCAACAGCCCCAAAUGGGCCAAUGACAAGUUCCAGAACAACGGGGAGCAAGGUGACGUGCACGAGGAGACAGAGCAGGACCAUAAAGAAGGAGAGGACAGAAUACUUGAGCAGUAAAGCAGGGCGCUGACAAUCUUAAUGUUCUUUCUGUGUUGUUAUGGCAUCUGAAUCAGUGAUUUUAUCCUCCAUAAGGGAUUCAUGAAUGCAGACUAGGACUCCGUUAUGCCAUAACUUAGCGUAGGAUUCUCACUCUGACUUGACGGAACGAUUUUCCACAUCAGGACAGAACUCAUAACUAGUAGAAGCACUGUUUUAGGGUGAAUUGCUGUUUCUCAUAAGUUGGAUUUAUGUCCAAAUUAUGUAUUGCUUUAUAUGGUUCGGGGGAAUUUUACUCAUCUCGCAGGAAUGAUAAAAAAAUAAUAAUAUUUGUACUCAAUUUGAUAUUUUUAAGUAGCAAGUGAAAACCACAUAAUAGAUCAAAUGAGCUUGUACCUUUAUACUUAUGCAAAUGAAGAAAUGUUUUGUGAGUGAGUUAAAAGAGUUUUAGAAAAUCAGGCUUGUUGUUUUGAGCCAUGUCUUGAUUAGAAUGACAGCAAUAAGUACACUGUAGUUCAUGUUCAAUGCAGCACUAACGAGACCCUGAUCUGACAUGGGACCAAACUGCACGGGGUCAAAGGUUAUGCUCUACUGUCUUUCAUCGUACUACAGCCAACAGAUCUAAAAUACUACCUGACACCAUGCGAGACGGGAAGAGGAUAACUGUACAUUUAUGAUGUUGCUCAUUAAACAUUUUGCAGUCAAGAUAUUUCUAUACAUCACAGUAGCUCUUUGUUUGAUCUUGGACACCACAAAUCAAUGUAUAAUAUUGAUUGUGAUUAUAUAUUUCUCCAAAAGACAUUCAUAGUUUUUGUACCUGGCUAGACAGGAUUUUGUCUGCAAAGGAAUUGCCAUAGAUUUAGAUGUUUUUCACUCGCUGUUUUCAAAUCUUUCUCCAGCCAAUAUUGAUUUAAUCAGUUCUGUAAAUUGUGUUUAACUGUGACAUAACAUUGUGAUAGAGGCUCAACAUUUGUAUUUGUAUACAAUACAAGGCAGUUUAUAGAGCAACGGUUACACUAUGUCUAAACCUAAAAUAAGAAUGUUUUUCAGUGCAUAUCUCUAAUAGUUUUAAGUCUAGGGUUAAUUUAAUUUCUGUUUGGCUAACAUCCCAUACAAAUGAAUUACAUGCUCUUGUGCCUUGCUGCGGGUCCGCUGGUCUUCAGGCCUACAGAUUGAGAUUCACAUGUUUAAAAGUUUAAAAUGUUUAAAGGUUACCUGCUUGGGGAAUGUUGCUUUUCUAAAUAGGUGUUGUUACUGUUUGUUUUUGUUUUUUUUGAGAAUGUAAAUUAAAGAGACACUGAUUUCUUUAA